AUGUCACCAAGAAAGGUUCAAGAUCCUCCAGCUAAUCCAGCUAAUCCAGCCAAUCCAGCCAAUCCAGCCAAUCCAGCUGAUACAGUUCAAGAUCCUAUAGCCAAUCCAGCUAAUCCAUUUCAGGGUCCUUUAUAUCCUGCGGCCAAUCCGGCGAGACUAAUACAAAUUUGUCCUUAUUUUGAAGCAGGUAGCAAUUAUUCACUUGAUAUGAAAUUUCAAAUAGAAGGGGGGUGGUUUGAUGAGCCCUCACCACCACCGUCAGAAAAUUGGAAUGAUGCCUGUAGAGGAAGAAACAGGUAG